GUGUGUGUGUGUGUGUGUGUAACGGAGCAGCGGCCACAUCACACAGCGCUUCUCCGCUGCAUUGUCGCCGCUCUGUUUUCAUCUCUGCGCGGUGAAGUAACGGAGCGCGAGGCACGGGGGACGUUCUGCGCGCGAGCCGUGCCGUGUCUCAUCACUGAGACGUUUUUUCUAGCAACAUUUUCUUUUUCCUCAUCGUCAUUUUCUUCCCUCUGAGUCUCGGAGCUCCUUCAACUCCACUGAGCUGGAGAUUUGUUUGAUCAUUAUUUUUAACUUAAUUUAUUAUUAUUAGUAUUAUUUUAUUUGAAAUCUCUCGCCCUCAGUCUCCGGGAGGAUCACGAGGCGGAAAUAAAGUUUAUAAAUGGUGGAGGCCGUAGUGGAGUUUGACUACCAGGCCCAGCACGAUGACGAGUUGACCAUCGCCAUCGGUGACAUCAUCAGCAACAUCAGGAAGGAUGAGGGGGGCUGGUGGGAGGGCGAGAUGGACGGCCGGAGGGGCCUGUUUCCAGACAACUUCGUUAGGGAGAUUAAAAAGGAGGUGAAGAAGGAGAUCAGCUCAGCCUCUCAAGCGGUCAGAUCGGAUUUGUCCAAUGGCAGCGCUAGUCCCGGAUCAGAAUCCAGCCUCAGAUCUGCCAAGAAAGGAGAGGCCAUACGGAAGAGACGCUGCAAAGCCGCCUUUAGCUACAUCCCGCAGAAUGAAGACGAGCUGGAGCUCAAGAUCGGAGACAUCAUCGAGAUCCUGGGAGAGGUGGAGGAGGGCUGGUGGGAAGGAUGCCUCAACGGCAAGGUCGGGAUGUUCCCCUCCAACUUCACUAAAGAGCUGAGUGAAGCAGAGGAUCUGGCAACCCCACCUGAGGAUACACGCAGCACACGGACCAGUGUGAAGGACAGCACAGGCUCAGAGAGUGACGGAGGAGACAGCAGUAGCCUGCGUUCAGACGCGGGCAGCGCCGUCUCCGGCAGCGAGAUUCAGCCCAAGAAGGUCCGCGGCUUCGGAUUCGGCGACAUCUUCAAGGAUCAGCCCAUUAAACUCCGCCCACGAUCCAUGGAUCUGGACAAUGAACUGGAGAAGCUGCCAGUGAAGAAGCCGACUCUCUCUGCUCCUCAGGACACCAUGAAGACAGAACCUGAAAACAAGGCUAAAGUAAAGGAGUACUGUAAAGUCUUGUUCCCUUACGACGCCCAGAACGAGGACGAGCUGUCAAUCAAGGAGGGAGAAAUCGUUAGCAUCGUCAGUAAGGACUGUGCGGAUGCAGGCUGGUGGCUCGGGGAGCUGAACGGUAAACAGGGUGUGUUUCCCGACAACUUUGUGAAGCUGUUUGUUCCCGAGGUGGAGAAAGAGAGGCCUAAGAAACCGCCUCCUCCUGCAGCUCCGGCUACUAAACACAUCACAGACAAAAAGCCAGAGGUUAAAAAGGUUCCUCCUGAGCGACCCGAGUCUCUUCCUCAGCGUGUCGAGGAGAAAGGUGAUGAAAUCAAGUUGGUUGAGGUCCAGCAGAAGCCGGUGCUUCCCGUCUUUCCACCAAAGAAGCCUUUACCCCCGAAGAGCAACAACUCCCUGAACCGGCCCUCAGCUGUUCCCCCGAAGCGACCCGAGAGACCAGCAGCUCCCAGCAUACAGUCUGACAGUUCUGGUGUAGCUUCAGAUCGGACAUCAUCAGACAAACAGUCUGAAGUCGAUGACUUCGAUUCCAUCGUCACUUCCACAGAGAAAUUGAGUCACCCCACUGCCUCCAGACCUCGAGUCACAGACCGACGACCUCGCUCUCAGAUCUUCACAUCUUCCUCUGUCCCCAGCAAUGACCUCCUAGAUUCGCUAUCUCUGGAGAACGAGCCAAGAGAGAGGGAGAAGGGGAAGGACGAGCCGGACUCAUUCCCUCCCAAACCUCUGGACAGCACCAGAAAGAUGCCCAAAGCACUGCCUGUCAUCACAGCUCCUGAGAAGUCCUCCAAACCCUCGACUCUGACCACAGCUCCCAGUGCCACGGCCCUCAGGCCUCACUCUCCCUCCAUGGAGGCCAAGAUGAAGAACGAGCAGGGUUCCACCACGAUGGAGGAGCUCAGAAAUCAACUACGAGAGCUGAGAUCCACCGUGGAGUUGAUGAAGAGCCAGCACAAACAAGAGAUGAAACAGCUUGUGAGUGAACUAGACGAGGAGAAAAAGAUCCGCUUGUCCCUGCAGAUGGAUGUCGAGAACAUAAAGAAGGUUCUCUCCAAAUGAACGCACAUGAUUCCCAAGUGGUUGAGGUCAAAAGGCAGAAACUCCGAACGCCUGGCAGACGGAUUCGUGCCAAAAAAAAGAUGAACAAAAAGUGUGUGAGAACAACAGCAAUGAGAAAACAAACCAAUGCUUCCCUCACUUCUACAUUUUUCUUAUUUGAUUGUUUCCCAUGGUGUUGAGGAGGAACCCAUCUUCUCCUGGUACUGCGCUCCAUCCAGCGACGGAGAGGCCGCUGCGUCGGUCUUCACUCGCUUCACUCCACCUUCUUUUCUUCGAUUUUAUCUUCGUGGCCUUUUUUUUAUUUUCCUCCUGACUGUCCUGCCCUGUCGCUGUCCUCUCACCCUCCUGACUGUCCUGCCCUGUCGCUGUCCUCUCACCCUCCUGACUGUCCUGCCCUGUCGCUGUCCUCUCACCCUCCUGACUGUCCUGCCCUGUCGCUGUCCUCUCACCCUCCUGACUGUCCUGCCCUGUCGCUGUCCUCUCACCCUCCUGACUGUCCUGCCCUGUCGCUGUCCUCUCACCCUCCUCACUGUCCUGCCCUGUCGCUGUCCUCUCACCCUCCUGACUGUCCUGCCCUGUCGCUGUCCUCUCACCCUCCUGACUGUCCUGCCCUGUCGCUGUCCUCUCACCCUCCUGACUGUCCUGCCCUGUCGCUGUCCUCUCACCCUCCUGACUGUCCUGCCCUGUCGCUGUCCUCUCACCCUCCUGACUGUCCUGCCCUGUCGCUGUCCUCUCACCCUCCUGACUGUCCUGCCCUGUCGCUGUCCUCUCACCCUCCUGACUGUCCUGCCCUGUCGCUGUCCUCUCACCCUCCUGACUGUCCUGCCCUGUCGCUGUCCUCUCACCCUCCUGACUGUCCUGCCCUGUCGCUGUCCUCUCACCCUCCUGACUGUCCUGCCCUGUCGCUGUCUUCUCACCCUCCUGACUGUCCUGCCCUGUCGCUGUCCUCUCACCCUCCUGACUGUCCUGCCCUGUCGCUGUCCUCUCACCCUCCUGACUGUCCUGCCCUGUCGCUGUCCUCUCACCCUCCUGACUGUCCUGCCCUGUCGCUGUCCUCUCACCCUCCUGACUGUCCUGCCCUGUCGCUCUCCUCUCGCCUGCACUGAGGCCUUCUUUAUUUGGAAUAAAAUCAUGUCUUUUUGUUCAUGUCUGUCAGCGAUUAGGAGAAAAUGCACAUUUUGUUUUCUUGAUGCUGUUUCUUCUUCUUCUUCUUUUGAGAAAGUCUUAUAUAAACUUUUAUAUUUUAAUGUACGGAAAAUGCAUUUAUGUGUGCAGAUUUUAUUAAAAAAGAAUAUUCCAAAAUA